GAGUCAUUGAUUCAACACCACUUAUCAGACCUUGCAGGGAUAGCUCUCUGCACCCGCUGAGUCACAACGACUCCAUAUUUUAUGAAGUUGUCACAACCACCUUGCGAUGCGGGCGCCAUUCAACGGCCCGAUGGUCACUCAGCUGCUUGUUUUAUUCCUUUUCAUUUUCUUUUUCUUUGUUCGAGCCACCACAUCGGUUUUGUUGAGUACUGCUGUAGUUUCGAAUUUUCUCAUUUUUCCUUGUCGCCCAACCUGUACGCUGGCGACGUGUUUUCGCCUCCUUGUUUCGAGCUUUCGUUUCCUUUCUGUUCGAUCGAAGGCGUCGAUACCCCUAUGCUCUCUCGCCAGGCGGCGCUGGCAGGAAAAUGGAAGCAUAGGAGGGGGCUUGGGGUGCGGUGCAUACGGAACAUAGGUCCUGGAUGGCAAACGGGAUUGAAAGGGCUGGGUGGGGGUGGCUGUCACAGAACAAAGUCGGGAGUUUUCUGGGUUCUCAAGAGUCUAUCGUUGGUCGUUUGGCAGCGACGCGUUUGGACUUGGGCACAUGUUGGAGUUGGGUUUUCGGGGGUACACAUGCCCAAGGGAUUGCUUUGUGAUGUUCCGGUCUUCCUCUGGUUUUCUUCCUGGUCUAUACGCAGUGAUGAAACGAGUCACAAAUCAAACUCGUACCUUGAGCCUCGUUGAGGAUGAGUACUGUACUGAAUGAUGAGUCCCUGACCUUUUUGGUAUUCGCUUUCCUCCUUGCCCCAGCGGCCCCCGCGUAGUUUGAGAGUGACGGGAUUGAGAUGGAUGUCCCGACCUUUGUAGACCUCGCUUUGGGCCCUAGGCUGCCUGGCCUUGAGCGACGGUCAAGGCCAGGCAUCGUCGUCGUUCGUCCAUCACUAUCCAUUUCACAUCUCCACCAGGACCGCUCCACGACUCCUUCACGAGUGUUCCCUGCUCCCUUCUCCGCUUAUCCGA